AUGGCCGACGCAAAGGCCGCCAUCGGCGCCGCAGACAGCCCCGACGUCCCCAGCGAUGCCCCCCAUGCCUUUGUCCCGCUCGAGGCCAACCCGGAGCUGAUGACCGACCUGCUGCACUCGCUCGGCGUCGCGACCACGCUGGCUAUUCACGACGUCUUCAGCCUCACUGAGCCCGAUAUGCUGGCCUUUGUGCCGCGGCCUGCCAUGGCCCUGCUGCUCGUCUUUCCCAUCUCCGAGGCCUACGAAAAACACCGACUGGCCGAGGAUAGCGACACACCCUUUUACGACGGCCACGGCCCUGAUGAACCUGUCCUCUGGUUCCGCCAGACCAUCCGCAACGCCUGCGGCCUCAUGGGCCUGCUCCACGCCACCGCCAACGGGCCUGCCCGCAACUUUCUCGAGCAGGGCUCCCCCCUCGAUACCCUCAUCACCCAGGCCGUCCCGCUCGGCCGCCUCGAACGCGCUCGCCUCAUCGAGACCAGUAGCGCUCUCGCAAAGGCCCAUUCUUCUGCCGCUCAACGUGGCGACACGUCCGCCCCUGAAGCCACCGAUGACGUCGACCUCCACUACGUCUGCUUCGUCAAGACCGACGAUGGCAUCCUCUGGGAGCUUGAUGGCCGCCGCAAGGGUCCCAUUUCUCGCGGCACCCUUGACCCCAAUGACGAUGUACUCUCUGAAGAAGCUCUUCGGCGGGGCCCGCUUGCCUUCCUGGCCCGCGAGUCUGCCGAUCUGCGCUUCAGUUGUGUGGCCCUUGGACCCAGCUUGGAUUAG